GGAGGCGGCGGAGUGCACGCGGUCCCGCAGCACCCCAGAGGCGCGGAGCAUGGAGGGGGGUGGCGGUCGCGGGCCGCGGGAGCAAGCGACGGCGACGCCGCGGACGCGGGGCGGGCGAGGGGCGCGCGGGGGACUGGCCCCGUGAUGGGCGGAGGAGGCCGGGCCGACGUUCCCGGAAGCCAUCGUGCGGGAGGGCGGUGUAGGCCCGGGCCGGGCGGCAGCAGCGGGAUCCCCGGACGGCUCGACGGGAGGCAGCGCGGAAGCCUUGACGGUGACUGGCGGGCGCGCGGAGGAGGCGGGGGCGCGGCCCCAGCUACCGGCGUGGGGACGGCAGAGUGAAGACAGUCCUAGUCCCAAGCGACAACGCCUUUCCCAUUCAGUCUUUGACUACACAGCAGCGUCACCAGCCCCAUCACCACCAAUGCGACCAUGGGAGAUGACAUCAAAUAGGCAGCCUUCUUUGGCUCGGACCAACCAACACCACUUCUCAGGGGAACGAUGCAACACACCCGCACGAAACAGGAGGAGUCCUCCUGUUCGACGUCAGAGAGCAAGGAGAGAUCGUUUGUCUAGACAUAAUUCCAUUAGCCAGGAUGAAAACUAUCAUCAUCUCUCCUAUGGACAGCAGCAAGCAAUAGAAGAGCCCCGAGCCUUUCACCCACCAAAUGUAUCUCCUCGUAUGUUGCACCCAGCUGCUCACCCACCACAGCAGAAUGCAGUGAUGGUUGAUAUUCAUGAUCAGAUCCAUCAGGGCACAGUUCCUGUCUCAUACACAGUGACAACGGUGGCUCCACAUGGGAUACCACUCUGCACAGGCCAGCACAUCCCAGCCUGCAGCACGCAGCAAGUCCCAGGGUGCUCAGUGGUUUUCAGUGGUCAGCAUCUUCCAGUUUGCAGUGUGCCUCCCCCAAUGCUUCAGGCGUGCUCAGUUCAGCACCUUCCAGUACCAUAUGCGGCAUUUCCACCCCUCAUUUCUAAUGACCCAUUCCUUUUGCAUCCUCCUCAUAUCUCUACACACCACCCUCCUCACUUGCCUCCUCCAGGACAAUUCGUUCCUUUCCAAGCGCAGCAGUCACGGUCGCCACUUCAAAGGAUAGAAAAUGAAGUAGAACUGCUUGGAGAACAUCUCCCUGUAGGAGGUUUUACAUACCCUCCCUCAGCCCAUCCACCAACACUGCCUCCCUCAGCUCCUCUCCAAUUCUUGACCCACGAUCCUUUACACCAAGAGGUGUCAUUUGGUGUACCUUACCCACCUUUUAUGCCUCGAAGACUCACAGGGCGCAGCAGAUACCGAUCACAGCAGCCAAUACCACCACACCCUUACCACCCCAGCUUAUUACCUUAUGUGCUAUCAAUGCUCCCAGUGCCACCUGCAGUUGGACCAGCUUUCAGCUUUGAGUUGGAUGUGGAAGAUGGCGAGGUAGAAAACUAUGAGGCACUCUUGAACCUGGCAGAACGUCUGGGAGAAGCCAAACCAAGAGGAUUGACAAAGGCAGACAUUGAACAGCUUCCAUCCUACAGAUUCAAUCCAAACAAUCACCAGUCAGAACAGACAUUGCGAAUCGUACCUGCCCAAUUUGUAGAGCUGAUGCUUCAGAAGUGCAUCGUGAUUCAGAAUGACCAACCUAAGAGCACAAAUCUGGUUUGGGUGUUUCUGGUCACAUGUAUAUAUGAACUAUCUAUUGAACUUACCCAUGUGGCUUCCAGCCUACCCUUUACACAAAAGGGUCAGUGGACCUUACUUUGCACUGUGUGACUUAAUCGAUUAUAAAGCUUAUAACUAGUCUUCACAGUAACAGGAUUGUUAUACUAACAGUGUGAUUGGAACUCCAAAGAUAUUUUUUUUAGCUUAAUUUUGUGUGUGCACUAACAUUCCCUGGUUUUUGUGUGAUCAUUCCGAGUGUGCUGCGAGAUUACUGUUGAUGUGAUCUUUUAGCAUGUGCUUUUAUAUAAAAGAAAAAGGAAAAAAAAAAGUGGUAGCUCCAAACAAUAUAGCAAUCUACCUUAUAUAGAGCCUUCAGAUACUGUGAGCGGGAAUGAAUGGCGUGAGUGUAUGUUUGCUUGUGAAAGGAUGUGUGAAGUGUGCUUGUGACCGAGUGUGCAUGUGUGUUUGAGAACCUAUAUACCAGCAUGUACUGAGAACGUAUGUGUGUAGUAAUACUUAUGCUGCAAUGUAUAAUCUUGUGUGUUAUUUAAACAGUACUAGUACUGUACACUGGUUCCUUUCCUUGUGUUUGCAGUUGCACACUGAAUGUGAUGGGUGCAGCAAUUACAGACAUUUAGUAUUUCCUCCGCAAUGUACUUACAGGUAUAAAGACCUUUCUACAUACUAUUCAAACAGCUGUUAUUCUUCCCCUUCAUUGGAGGCUUUAAAUGUGUACCACUAAAGAGUGCAUUGAUUGUUCAUACAUGAAUAACCUUGGGGUUUUUAGCAUAUGUUACAAAAUCUGGAUUUUUAAAUGGCUGAUUUACAAGUUAUUUUAUCAAUGUAAAGUUGCUAUAUCGCACAAAUCAUUUAGCAAUAUUAAUAUUUUCAAUUGCUAACAUGAAUAGCAAUGCUUUUCUGUUCUCCUUUUAAUUUUUUCUAUCUGAGUUUGCCACUUACAUGCUUCUUCCAUUAAAGGAAGCAGAAAGGAGACUGGGGGUCUUGUGCAACAGCUUUUCACUUUUGGUCAUUGUACUUGCGAAGGACAUAUCUUUUACCUUAUAAAUACUGGCUUUAAUCUCAUGCACUCUUUGUCAUUUACAAGGGAGUUUAUAUGCAACUAAAAUAAGUUGUAAAAGGUUACAAUUUUAUUCCUGCAACUUCAUGAAUACAAUAAAAUUUUUAGCGUUUUCUCAAGAGAAGUAGAACUUCUGAUUUUUUUCAUUGUAUCACAAGAGUUUUGAUCACUAACUGCAGAAUUCAAUUGCCCUGAUGCUGCUUCUUGCCCUUCCUUGUUUUAUGAUGAGUGUUAUAUGAAAAAAGAACUUCCUUGGCUUUUGCAGUUAAGUUUCCAGAGCGUUCCACUCUGAGAAGAGUGGAGAAAAUUGGAACACCUUCUAGAACAGCGCUGUGAAAUAGCAGGUGAUAACCUCUAUUCAGGUGCUCUGAAUAGUGGUUUAUUUGUGCUAUUGAAAAACAAUUUACCUUAAUUUAUAACGUUCAGACUGUUAACAUUUUCAGUAUAUUCUAGCAAAAUAUUUAGGUCUGCAUACCAUAGUCAUUCAAAGGAUGCACUUUUUUGCCACAAAAUUCUCUUAAAUUCAGUGUCAUUACUUUGGUUGCAGCAGCACAAGUGACACAAUUAGCAAUAUUGCUGCAACUUGCUGCCAGUCUCAGCUUUAAGUUUAUUCUUUAUCAUUUCUGAUGCUUUUGUAUGCUGCUAUGCUUUAGUAUCAGUUAUAAUUUCAAACAGUGUUAGAUGUUCUCUGUGCUGAUUUUCCUCUUUGAAGAUUCUACAGACCAGUCGCAGCUCUUGGUGCAGGUAAAACAAAAGCACAAUUUUGCCUUAUUUCAGAUGCUCUUCCCUCUGUUUAGUUAUGCAGGUAGUUCUCAAAAACAGUGAGUCUUUCCAUGCCUAUCCAUACUUAACACUAAAUAAAUAAUGCUGUUACAUCAACUUCAAAAUAUUAGAAUUUUUUCUCUCUUCCCAGGGAGUUAAAGAAUAGGUUUUUCAGAAUAACAGCUAGCAGGUUGAAUUACAUGUAAUAAGAUUUAUUUUUUUAACAAAUGAAAUCAUGUUGUUUAAAAAGCAUAUGCCAUAUAUGUCUUAAAAAACUUAGGCUCUUUUAUAUAACUGCAAAAGAAAAAAUUCUCUCUGUACAGAUUUAAACAUAAUUAACACUACUGUGCUAGUAUUCAGUUUGAAGCAUGGAAAGAGGGUACUUUUUCUAAGCUAGAUAGAAGUGAAAAAGACACAUCCUUCUGUAGCCAAGGGAAGGUGGUCCUCUUUCUAGAACUGGAGAAAUCUUGAUGUGUAAUGUCCCUUUUUCCCCAGUAAAACUCUGUGAGGCAGUGGGAGAUCUAGGAGAUGGAAGGUCUAAGUUGGGAAAAUCCUGAAAUUAAUUGUUGCACUCUUAUGGCUCAUCUCUUCUGGAAUGGUUCUUUAGUUUGCAUGGGACUCCUGCAGAUGUAUGUGGACUCGCUUCCUGUGGUUAGUGUGUGUAAGCAACACACGUGCAUAUGUUCUGAAUCAGCUCAGACAAGCUACAGCCAAGUCCUCUCUGUCAUGGCUGUCAAGGGAGGGGGAUUCAUGUUCAGCUGUUGACUGCCAUGUGUUAUGCACAUUUGUAAUUCCACAGCCUGCCAUGGUGCCUGGCAGCACCUGAAUUCAGCAAGACUUUUUUUUUUUUUUUCUGUUCAUUGCCUUUCUGCCGUCACCUGGCUCCUUCUCAAAAAAACCCACAAAACCAAGCUGUAGUAUGUUUGCUUUAUCAUAUUGGCACUGCUGUGUUUUUUGCAUAAACUGUCAAUUUAAUUUGACAUUUUAGUGGAUAUCAAGGCCUACAGAUAAUUCCAAUGUCUCAUUUUGUGGUUUUCUUUACAAAAAAAUUGAAGCCUUUAGUUCUGUGCCAUUUUGUAAAGGCUCUUGAAUGUGAUUUUACAGCUGUUAAUACAUCAUAGAAUACUUGGACUGAGAUUUACCAACAUUUUAAAUUUUAAUUUUAGAAAACACAUUUUUGACUGAGUUAUCUUUGGGCCUUUGUAAAAGCUGUGUUUUUUUCUUUGGUACAUUGUUACCUCAUUUUGCUACUUGUGUUUCAGAUUUGCUAAUGAUUGUGAAAGCUUCUGAGUUUUAUUGGAAUCGUAUUUUGUCAAAUGUUUUCUUUAAAUCAUACACUAUUGUAUCAUUUAACAUGUAGUUUUAAAUGUAUUAUAAAUAUCUGUAACUAAAUCAUUUGAAGGCCUGAUAAAUUUUUAACAAAAUUUGUACAUUUUUUAUGAGAGUUACUAGUAAUGCUUUACUAGGUAGUGCAAUGAAUUUUUAUUUUUAAUCCCUGUGCCCAAUUUUGGAGUUGAGAGAGUUGUUCAGUAAUAAAUGUAUGACGUACACUUAA